AUUUAAAUAAAACGUAACUAAAGUGUUUAACAAAAUAUGCCAGAAAAGGUAAUAAAUAGUGUUUAGCAAAUGUUUAGAUUUGCAAAUAAAAAGUGCAUGUGCUCAAAAGUUAACAACCAGAAAAAAAAAACCGACAACAGACAAGCUGCUAAAUAAGUUUCUCACUUAAAACCUGAAUAAUGGCCUCAGCAACACAGGCCAACGGCACACCGUCAGCCAAGACAGCCACCGAUAAUGAUAAUGAUAACGAUAACUACAUAACGGUUGUUGAGGUCGAUGAUCCUACAUCGUCAUCGAAGGAUCGCCUGAAAAAGCUAGUCAAACGCCAAUCUUCUGUCGCGGAGGAUUCCUCCUUUAUCACAGUCCUGACCAUCAACGAGAUGGAGUUGCUGCAGCAGCGUCGCCAGGAGGAGCAGGAGCAGGCGGAGGCGCAGGCGGGCGACAGCUCUUGCAUCCAAAUCAAGGAGGAUCAGGUGGAGGAUGUCACAGUGUUUCGACUGCCAGGUGAGCGUCUGGGUUUCGGUUUGAAGUUCCAGGGUGGCACGCGCAGCACAGAGCUUGUCCAGAAACUGUACAUUCAGUCCUGCGCCGCCGAUAGUCCCGCUUCCAAAGUGGCCACCAGUUGGGGAAACUUGCGCGAGGGCGAUGAGAUCGUGCGGAUCGAUGGCCGCGAUGUGAGGGAAAUGACUCGCAUUGACUGCGUGCGCGGACUCAAGGAUAAUGUGGCCAUCCAGUUGGUGGUGCGCAACGGUCAUGGCCAGAAGCCGCCCAGCGAGGAGGAGUCCCAGCAGCAGCUGGAGCAGCUGUCAAUCACACUCAAUGCCCAGCCACCGCCGCCGCCGCCAGUGCCGCCAAGGAAACUGGUGAGGCGACAGAACUCCAAGGAGAAUCCGGCGCAGUUGCUGGCCGUGGAGAAGCCAUUGACACCGCCACCGGAUGCAGAGUACUACAUCAAUCUGCUCACCGAGUCCAUUAAGGCCGGUUCGGAGUCAGAUGACACUGCCAGCACCAUUUCCACAGUCAUUGACAAGUUCUCCAUGGGCUCCAACUACUCCUCGGACAGCAGCCUCAAUGGCCAUGAGCUGGCCAAGGUCCUGCAGCCUUUCACUCUCCUGGAACAGGAAUUUCUGCCCCUGGAACAGGCCAUGGGACACCCAAAGCUGCUAAUUCCUGGAAACAACUACGAAAAUGUCGAAUUCAAGACGGAGAAGGUUAAUGUCUACGAAAAUGUGGUGUUAAGGAGCCCAGAGACUACGCCUACGCCAAAGCCCAGAGUCCAGUUGGUGGCCACCGUGGAGCCCAAGAAGCGAUCCAUUAUACCAACGCCCCGAAAGAUUCCUACGCCCAGCAAGCUGCCCAUUGAGGUGGCGCCACCAAGAGUGCCUCCUUCCCCUUCCGCUGAGGAACCCAAGACGCCCACCAAUGAAAAGUUGGACUCCCCGAGGACACCUACAAAUGAGGGAUUGAAGGACUCGCCCUCCAGUGCCACCAAAAUACCCAAGGCUAACUUUUCGAGGGCCAAGACAGAGGGCGAGAUUAAGUUGCAUCUACAGCCACCGAAAAAGGAGUCCUCAUCCCCAACGGUCAAGUCGCGCAUACCCAUAGUCACAACACCAACACAAAAGGCGGUUUCCAAGCCAAUGUCGCCUCCGUUAAAUGGAACCUCGAGCAUCCCGCGGCUCCUGCAAAAGCAGAAAUCCGAAACGGAUCUAAAGCUGAAUCUAUAUCGAAGCAAGUCCAAGGAGGCAAGCCCCAGGCCUCCACUGCAGAGAGCCAACUCUGCCGAGGCUCCGGAGCGCACCUUUAUUCCCGUCCUGCUCAAUGGCAAUGGCAAGAGUUCCAAUUCCCUGGAGAGCAUCAGUUCGAAUGGCAGUAAUAGCAGCGGGAACAGUGGAAGAUCCCCCAAAGGACCCAAGCCCAAGCCACCAGAGCGGGUACAGUCGCUGCAAAAGACGCAGAUACCCAAGCUGCAGGCUCUGCCAACCACUCCACCACAGCAGCAGCCCAUGCUGAGCAUGCAGACCUUCAGGCAGAGUCCUCCCACGCCCAGGUCCACGCCAGUGGGAACUCCAUCCCCCACAAGUAAUCGCGAGAUACGCUUCAAGAUCCAGACGUAUGAGAAUAAGGCCCUAGAAGAGAAUAAGCUGCCCAGUUUGUUCGAUUUGGUGCACAACACCAAUCAGCAGGAGAAGGACAAGGAUACCGAUUCACUCAAGACCCACAAUAGCAUCACAGCUCUGCUAGCAGCCGCUGCUGCCGAGGCUGCGGAUCUUUCAAGGGAAUCUCCACCUCCCCUGGUCGUUGGCAAGUGCAUGAAAAUUGCGGAUGACAAUCAGAACACCACUUGCUACUCCAGCUCCAGCAGUGGUGAGGAUGAGGAUGAGGAGGACGACCUGGAUGCGGCGAACAGGGAAUAUGUUUGCGAAGAUGGUGAGAAGCUGGGACCACCGGAGUUAAUCAAUGGACCAGGACCCUCGGAGGCUUAUUUCAACAUGUUCUGGCACUCCAAUAUGCUGCCAACCAUUGGUGAAGUUGAGGAGGAGUUCUCCUCUUUGGAACCACAAUCCCUGACCAAUGGAAGUCUUGUCAAAGCAGAGGAGCAGUCGAAGAAGUUGCCCAAAAUGGAGGUUAAUGCUGGCCAAGUGACCCAGCUGACCGACGAUAAGAUUGCCGAGCAUGACGCAAGGGAAACUGAAGUGGAGGAGAAUCACAGCAGCUCCACAGUGAAGAGCCAACGAACCUCGUCAUCCACCACCACGACUACCACUUCCAAACGAGUGACCACCACCAAGACUAGCUCUUCGAGCAGCUCAUCCAGCAGCAGUUCCUCCACUCUUCUGCCUGAUAUAGCCUUCAAGCUGCAGCCGUAUGAGGAAAGGGAUGACAAGUCUGGGGAAUCACCCAUCACGACCACCGUUCACGAGGAGCGACGUGUUUUGAGCGAACAGCAAACACUCAGCGAACUGAGGACAAAGGAUUCGAUUACUGGUGAGGAGCAGCUGGUGACCAGUGCCAACUCAAAGUCAAGCAGUGCCCGGUUCAAGAAGAUCAGCAGCAACGACAACCUGCUCGACCUUGGUGACGAGCAGGAGAUGCAGGAGCAGCCGUUGACCGCCACGAUCAGCCAUGAGUCGAGUCUAAGGGAGCGGCUGGAGUGUCCGCAGGAUAACCAGAGUAUCGAGCGCGGUACCCUGACCCUAUCCGAGCGUGGCAAGCAGCUGAGCCAGAGCCAGGGUCUGACCACCUACACAGAGUGCGAGACCAGCGAAAAGGAGUCCUAUCUGGAGGCACAACAGACCCUCAAUGGAAAUGGAUCUCCCCAAGAACUAGAUUUUGAUGAGCAACCCACCUUCGAGCGGGAGCUGAGCGAGACAUUGACGGUGACCAAUGAUGGGGAGAAGCAAGUCACCAGGAAACUGGAGCAGAGCAAGGAUGUGGCUGGGAAGAAGGGUGCCAAGCUACUCAAGAAAACCGACGAGGAGCGACGUCUAGAGCAAGAGGCACAAAAGCUAAUCGAGAGCUAUCAGAAGGUGAAAAAGGAGGCGGAGAAGCUGUACAGAUCCGAGAUGAAUGACGAUGAUCAGGGCUUCGAUUUGAGUGCCUUUGAACAAGAUGAGAAUAAGGAUAAGUCCCAGAAAGAGAAGAAGGAUUCUACAAGCCAAGAAAUCAUAGAACUUCUUGAAGAGGUUAAACCUAACCAAGAGCAAGUCAAGGAGGAAGAAGUACCUCCACCACAGCAAGAAGUGAAAGAAGAUAUCACAGUCGAAAAGAAGGAAGUCAAGGAGGUCUCCCAAGAGCAAGUCAAGGAGGAGAUUACCUCUAAUCAGGAACUCAAGGAAGCCUUGGAGAAUGGUGUCAAGACAGUCUUCCACCAGGAGGCCAAGAUAGUUCACAAAGAGCAAAAAGUGAUCAAGGAAGGAUCAAUCCAAGUAACCGGGACAACGACAAGUCACAAGAUGUCCACCGAGGAAGUCAAGGUAUCCAAAGAAGUACUCAAAGUUUCCACAAAUAAGGAAACUCCCGUACAAGUAGAGAUCAUCUCACCGCCCCUGGAAGAAGACCUGGGCUAUGUGCUGCAUAAAAAGAUCAUCCAACCCCCAGAGAAGGUUAAGCCCGUGCCUAAGCCCAAGCCCAAGCCACCAGUGCCCACAAAUAAACCCAAAAUGCCAGCUAAUUUGACCAAACCCAAGACGGCACCACCGCCAGUGCCCAGCAAGAGGAGUGAUGUAUCAGCUCAGCUCAGCGCCAGCUCCAGCUCCGGCUCCGGCUCAGGUUCCGUCUCUGGCGGAGCUAAGCCCACGCCCAGUCAGAGGCGCAGCAGCCUGGAGAGCUCACAGCCGCCCAAACCCCUGACGCGUAUAAUUGUGGGCGUGGAGCAGCCAAUUAUCAACCUGGCCAGCGAGGAUUUACCCAAUGUGGCCGAAAAAGUUGCGGCAACAAGUCCUGUGGUGGAAAUGCCACCAGAUGACCUGCAAUUCGAGAGUCACCAGCUGCCCGAUGAUGGGGGCAAGCGACAGCAGGAGCAGCAAAAGGAUCUGCUCAGCGGUUCGUCAUCCUCGUCGGUGACCACCACGCCCAUAACGACACCAAUUUUGGUAUCUGCCACAUCAUCGAUGGACUCGGUGCAAAGUGUCAUCGAGGUUGUCAACGGCAUUCCCAUCAUCAGCCAUCACCAAACCGACGAGGACGAGGACGAUGACGAUGACAAGAAUGAUGAUGAUGGAGAUGGAGAUGAUGAUGAUGAUGCAGGUGAUGAGGUUCCGGUAGCCAAUGGAUCAAAGGAAACGACGAUGGCUCCCGUGGAGGAGGUGACAACGUUGCCGCCCAACAAAGAAGAUGAAUCAGAUCUUGGAACCCUUAGUAGCCACCACAGCAGCAUUGGCAACAUCAGUGCCAACAGCAUCCCAGCAGUAACCUUGAACACCAGCAGCAGCAGCACCACCAGCAACAGUAACAGCAUCAUCUCCACCAGCAACAGCGGCAGGAAGACAAGCUCCUCCGAACUGGUGAUACCACCUACCAAGCCGCUGGCUGCGUCCCUCAAUCCCGGCAAAAUGGAGCUGCUGAGCAGCAACAGCAGCAGCAGCACAGUUACUGGAACUACAACCACGACAGCCACACAUCAUCUGCAUCAGGCGACGACCACAAAGCAAUUGCUGGUGCAGGAUUACCUGAGCUACGCCUCGCCACCAACCUAUUCCCGCCUGCCGCCCGACGGUCAUGAGUUUCCGCCCAACUUCAGUGAGCCCCUGAUCAUGCACAGUAGCCAUCCCCUAAAGGGGACCACCACUGAACUGGGCUAUGAGAUCCAGACUGGCAAGGAUGAGGGUACAGCGGCACCGCCACUGCCCAAGACGGGGCCACCGCCCACAGUGCCCCGGAAGGUGUAUCGUCAGGAUUUGGUGAUAAAUGUGGAACCAGCUCCCAGCCUGACCCGCGACUAUCAGAGAUCCCUGAGUGGUGGGGCACCGCGAAAGCCAAGUGAUUGGCGAAAGGAUGAGAAAUCGGAGAAAUCGGUGCGGGACAAGAUUGCCAUGUUCUCUUCGAACAGCGAACUGGAUGCCAUACCACCGGCUCCGAUGACAGCCCCCAUAAGCAACUCCUCCUCAACGUCCUCGUCCUUCUCCCGAAAGCCCAUGAACCGCAGCAGUGAGAAUCUGCUGGACAGUUGCUCAUCCCCGGCAGCUCCGUCGCUCAAGACCCGCGCCAUGAGUGUGGAGAACCUAAACGAUGUCCAGCGACAAUAUCAAUUGGCCAAACAAUUGCCACAGCUGCAUGUGGCCGACUCCAUGUAUUCCCUGAACACGGCCUCGUCUCCGGCCGCACAGAGUUAUGCCUCCCUGCCCAGGCGGAGUCAUGGAGGAUCCUAUUCCGCGGGCGUGGAGCGCAGGAUUAGCUUUUCCGGCGAAGGUGGUGAGGCGGCCAAUCGCAAGGCGGCCAUUACCAAUAUCCUAGAGCAGCGUCGAAGGAGUCUCUCAAAGCUACGGGGUCUGGUCAUACCCGAGAGACCACAGCUCCUAGAACCCAUUCUGGACUUGCCCGAAAUCAAGAGCCAGGUGAAGGCGGCCAGUGGCGAGGAUAGCACGGAUAGUGGCCUCGGCGAAAGCCAUCGCAGCACCACGAAUGUGAGAAGCAGCCAACUAGGAGCUGGAAGUGUGUCUGGAAGCAGUUACCGCAGCAUCUUCUCCAAUCAGAGGAGACCUCCACUGGAGCAGCAGCUUUCCCAACCGCCGGCCAAGCCCCCAAGGACCUCCCUGACGCCACUACACCCGAGGACUAUGAUGAUGCCACCACCACCGCCGCCUCUGGAUCAGGAAAGUGACACGGAUUCGGUGUUCUCCACCACAGCACGUGUGGCCACGCCGCCAGAGAAGUUCGCUCUGACUCGUACUCUCAGCUCCGAGACGAACACUUCGAUAGCCAGCUCCAACACCUCGACUCUGACCUCGGGAUCCUCGGCUGGUUCCCAGGCCAGCUGCAGUUCGCUGGGCAGUACCCCCGCCGUGGAUCUGACCAGGCGGGUGCUCAAAAGUCAGGUGAGCGGCAAUGGUGGGGAAUCCGUGGUGCUCUCCAGCCGGAAGAGCAUUCUGGCUUCGGCCAAGUGCCGUAGUGCCAAGAGCCGGGGACAGGAGGAGGACAAUGACAGCACCGAUGGUGAGGCCUGCUCUUUGGCCAAUCGCCGGAUGAAGCCCAUUUCCAGCUACAAGCUGCAGCAGCAGCAAAUCCAGAUGGGCAAGCAGCAACUGGUGGUCGAUAAGCUAAUCAAUGUGGCUGCCUAUGUGGAGCUGACCUCGGAUACGGACGACAGCAGCCGGCGAUCUGAUACGCCGGCCAAGAUCAGUGCCAUGUUCAUCGAUGAGGAGCGCAAGGCCAGCUUCAAGGGUGAUCCCGUCCAGCAGCAGUCCAAGGUCAAGGUGGAGGCAAUGGUCAAGCCUAUGGUAUUGCCAUCGCCGAAGCGGGAACCUCUGAAGCAGCAGACCACCGCGGAGUUGCGUGAGAAAUUCGAGCGGAGCGCUGCCCAGGCUCAGGCACAGACCCAAAACCACUCGCCAGUGAUCCAUAAGAUAGCCCAGAAGCCGCAUCAUGAGCGCUUCUCCUCGCUGGACUCCCUGGCCUCCAGUUCCUCGGGCGUGAGCUCCACCACUCAGAAUGUGAGCACCACCCAGGAAACGGCCACUGAGUUUGGUAGCUUCUCCUCUUUGGGUAGCAAUCAGAGUUUGAUCACCGCCCAAGAUGUCCAGCAGAUUGUGGAGGAGGCCGAUCCCCCGCUUAAGACACCCGAGGCCUUCAUCAUUGUCCUGCAGCGGGAUAAUCCCGAGAGUAGCAUUGGCAUCACUCUGGCCGGAGGUUCCGAUUACGAGGCUAAGGAAAUCACAAUCCACAAGAUCCUGAGCAACACUCCAGCGGCCAAGGAUGGACGUCUCAAGAAGGGAGAUCGCAUUCUGGCGGUCAAUGGAAUGAGCAUGCGAGGAUUGACGCAUCGCGAGUCCAUCAGUGUGCUAAAGACCCCACGACCCGAGGUGGUGCUGGUGGUGACCCGUUCCGAAUCGCUGGUGGUGAAGGCUCUCACCAAGAAGCGCUCCUCCCUCGGUUCGCUCAGCUCGCUCAACGAGAAGCCCACGGAGCUGGAUUAUGAGCGCAAGAGGAACUAUCACAAGGCCUCCCGAUCUCUGGACUUGGACCUGGAUAUAGUGUCCAAUGAGGCGGGUGGUUCGCCAGUGGCCACCACACCCAGCACGGGAUCCGUGAGUCCACAGCAACCGGCGAGUUUGCACGACGAGGAUGCGGAGGCCACCAUUGCGGGAAUCCGAGCCAGAAGGCAAUUGUCCCGCGGCGAUGCCGCCAAGCUGAGCACAAGUGAACUGUUGGAACGGGCUGCAGAGGCACGGAAUGCCAUUGCGGCGGAGAUUCGGGCACAAGCAGAAGAUGCGGCGGCCAAUGGUGGUGGAGCACGUUGUGUGGAGAUUGUCAAGGACAGCUGUGGUCUGGGCUUCUCCAUUGAGGGUGGCUUUGAUUCGCCCUUGGGAAAUCGUCCCCUCAUUGUCAAAAAGGUGUUCAUGGGUGGAGCCGCCCAGAAGACCAACCAGGUGCGUAAUGGCGAUGAAAUCCUGAGCAUCAACGGUGCCUCAACAGCGCGAAUGACGCGCGUGGAUGCCUGGAACUAUAUGAAGCAAUUGCCGCUGGGACCGGUCAAGAUUUGCUUCGCCUAGAUAAGGUUUGGUUGAAAUACAUAAAUAUGAUAAAAUGCCAACGAAGAAGGGGAAGAAUGCGCCACAAUUUUUGUUAGAUUUUAAGCUAAUUAGUUUGGUUACCCCGCAAUCGGUCUAACCUUGUUGGGGGUCUUGCCAAUCCGAUGUAAUGGAUGCUGCGAGCGAUUUGUUUUUUUGCAUUUAAACGAAACACUUAAUUGUAUGCCUAAUUUUAUGAGAUAUUUUAAUUUAAAGUGCAAUUGUUUUAACUCUUACAACGUUUUGAUGCCCUAUAUAACAGAUCGAUGAUUGUACAUAUAACUAAUCGACACUAAUUUACGUAUUUAAACAUAAAAACAAAUUGAAUUGAAGCCGGUCCCUUGUGGCAGCGCUUAUUUCCUUAUACAAAACUUAUUAAUCCACAAAAUGCAUAACGAAAAAAAAAACGAAACAAUUAUAUAUUAUGCCAUAAAUUAUACGGGAACGUUAUACAUGUAUAUUAUUUAAAAAAUUUAUUAUAUUAUUUAAAGACCAACAAAAACAAU